AUGGCGGAUCUGGCCAUCCUUAGCCUGCAAGAAACGGCAGAGCUUUUGGACAAGGCGGCCAAGCUACCCUUGGCCAAGCUCCAGCAAGAGAUGAGCUCGCACACGGCCAAAUGCAUCAUCUUCUCCCCUCGACCAGCGUCAGCACCGCCCGGACACUGGAAGAAGCUGGUCAUGGCCGCGCAGGCAGCCUUUGACAACGAAGGCGCAGAACGCAUGCGCCGUGCUUUACAGGGCGAGGUGAUGCUGCUGCGAGAUGGAGCUGCCACGCCUUGCGAGAGCGCACCAUCCUUCUCUGAAACCCCGCAUGUCACAGCUGCCACUGAGACCACCGAGGUGCCUACCAUGCUCUCCGUGCCAACGCCCGUGGUGGACUCGUCCGUCAUGAUUGCAGAGCCAGCCAAAGUGACAACGAGUGACUCUAGUAUGGCCGACAAGUCUGGCGAGGUGACUUCUUCCACGGCCAAUGGUGCAAAUCACAUGACGACACCGGAUACAGCUGAGAGCCUACUGCAGGGCCUAAAGAGCCACCUCAGGGCAGACCAGCUCAAACCCAAGCUGUCCAAGCGUACGGUUCAGCUUUGGGUCGAUAUGUCGGCCACAGCCCCAACAAACACGCCGCCACACGCAGGUGCACAGUCAGACUUGAGCGUUGGCUCACAUCGGUCCGCACCAGCCGCCUGGACGCCAGGGUCCAUGCCUGCCCGUUCCGUCGCCUUACCCAUGCCGGGCCAUAAUGUGACGGCGCGAUGGCACUUGGGGGGUCACAUGACGUCCUCUCAUGCUGGACCGAUUGCAUCGCCGGCCAGUACUAGCACGGCCACUACUGCGGCAUGGCCGGCCCAUCUGAUCCUCGGCACCGAAGCUCGCCUCUCGCCUGCAACCUUCAGAACAGCCCAGGCACAAGCACCGGUCCCGCAGUUCCAAAGGGGCUCGUUUCAAGGUCCACACAUCGUCUCCGGCGUAAAUAAUGGGCAGGUUCCCGGUGCUGCGAUGUCAUCAGCACCCUCACAACGGCGUCGAAUCUGUCGUCGCUACUUCACUGGUGACCGGGUUUAUGUGGUCUUGGAGAAGAUGGACUCAAUUCUGGAAUGUGAGGUCGUCACGGUCCCUGAAGACAAUAAUCGCAGCUGGUACACUGUGAGGCUAUCAGGCUCGGCUCAUACUCGUUACAUAUCCCUCAAAAUAGACCGGGCGGCGCAGUCCGAGGCUCAGCGCAUCACCAUGAUGGCCUGGGCCGAGAACAAUGCCAGACGCACGGGCGUUUUGACUGCUCCGUCGCCGUCUGCAGUGGCGGAUCCAGUCGAACGUCCAGCCAAGCGGGUGCAUCAUCAACCCAUUGCGCCAUCAGCCACGCCCGAGCGCAUCGUGCCACCACUGCCCCCGACCUCUCCUGAAGUUGGAGGCCUGGCAUCGUUGCUGACUCACAAACGGGCCCAUCCCGUGACCCUCACCAAAGCCGCGCUCUAUGGUCUUCCCAGCUCGGUAUUUGCACCGACUGAGCCGGUUGCAGCCCAAUCCGAGGUUGGCAGCGCGAACCAAUCCCACACAUGCACAUCUUUAGCUCGACCACGAGCCCAGCACCCUGCCAAACAAUCCGAGCGCAGACCAAGCAAGGAAACUUCAAUCAAAUCUCAUCCUGUUGACGGAGGAACAGCUACAUCGGGCCGCUUCGUCUGGCAUGAGACCUUGUUUCAAAAGCAUCUGGCCCCGCGACUCUUUCUGCAGCUUCUGCAAACAAUAGCCCAGUACACAACCUUAUACCUGGAGAUCUUCAGACGCCCCGAUUCGGCGCUGUUUUUUCGAGAGCUCGCAUCGCAAAUGCUCGCUGACUUGACCCAGGAACAAGAAGAAGAGGAAGCCCUACCGCAGCAACAGGGCAGCGCACGAUGGCGCGCAACGCAAAACGCGGCAUUGGCCGCUGCACGUGCCUUGCGCAAAGAGCCGACUCAGCCGCCAACUGAAGCUACCAACUCCUCGCGUCAGCAAGAGGCGCAGCCCGUCGUUUCGGCCCAACCUCAGCAGCAGCAGCCGGGCCCAGCAUCAAUGCGCCACACGGACAGAAAUGCUCCAAAGACUGAGCACCAACGGCGCCUGCAGCGGGCGGCCAAACGCGCUGCUAACCGCGCUGCUAACCGCGCUGCGCUCUCUGCAUCAUCCGCCUCUGCAUCGUCACAGCCCCCUCACGCUGACGCGAAGAGGUUCGACAUGACGAUUCUACAAGCAGCCUGUCGGCGGCAGCCGCGGCUGUCGGCGGCAGUGUCCGGAAGGGGCUUGCGUGGCAUACAAGCGCGCUCCAAAACGUACAUUGCCGGCAUUGGCAUCGAGACAGUGACGCGGCAACAAGACAAAACACUGGAAGGCAUGGGCAGCGCUGCUAUCAACCAGGCCGUGUCGCACGCGAAGCUCGAUCCCAAGCAAGUUCGCGCUCUCUUUGUUGGCAACAUGAUGUCAGGCAUGCUCUCCCAUCAGCAGCACCUCGGCCCGUUGCUUGCCAAUGCUGCGGGCCUCGAGCGCGCAGAGGCUGCCACCGCCGAGGCCUGUUGUGGGGCGGGUGGUGCAGCAUUGCGCUGGGGCUACAUGGCCAUUGAGAGCGGUGAAGUGGAUGUGGCUGUGGUGGCUGGUGUUGAGCUGAUGACACAUUGCGACCGUGACAUGGUCACAAAAGCGCUGGCAACGGCAUCCUACUGGCCCGCAGAGGGCGCCGAGGGCGAAACAUUCGUCUCUCUGAAUGGGGCGGUUAUGCGCGAGUACAUGCGUCGCUACAAUCGUCGCCACGAGGAAUUCGCCCCAUUUGCCAUGGUGGCUCACAGCAAUGCCAGUCUUUCUUCUCAUGCUGUGUUUCGCCACAAAUCACUGGACCGGGAGACUUACGAGCAGGCCCAAGUCAUUACCGAUCCCAUUCAGCUAUUUGACGCCUCGCCCACCUGCGACGGCGCUGCGGCCGUGGUCUUGGUGUCGGAUCGGGCGCUUGAUGCCCUGGAUGCCUCGGUCCGCCAACAACUGGUCGAAGUUCGCUCCAGCGCAGCAGCCAUCGAUCAAUUGGCCAUUGCCAAGCGCCCAGACCUUUUGGCGCUGCGCGCCGUCCAACAGUCGGCCGAAGACAGCUUCCGCAAGGCCGGUGUGACCGUCAGUGAUGUCGACAUUUUUGAAAUUCACGAUGCCUAUACCAUUAUGGCCGCUUGCUCGCUCGAGAAUAUUGGGGUUGUGCCUCCCGGCACGGUCUUGGAUCUGGCUGCAGAUGGCGGCCUGAACCUGACGGGCAGUACACCCAUCGCCACAUUUGGUGGUCUAAAAGCUCGCGGGCAUCCGGUCGGCGCUACGGGCGUGUAUCAGGCUGCGGAAAUGUUCUUGCAGCUCACUGACGCCGCUGGUCCAAACCAAGUCAGCGAGCCUGAGGUGGCCUUUAUUCAAAACGUGGGCGGUACCGGCUCGAGUGUGUUUGCACAUGUGCUCACACGCGCUUAGAAGCGCUAGCUUGUUUGGUCUUGCUCCCAGUUUGCAACCGACGCCCUCGUACAUGCCAGUGACAAAUAAUCGGAAUCUGAUGUCUUUUCGC